GUGGAUUGCAUAAAAUUCAGUUUCUUCAUAGGAAUGUUGUCAAGUUUUUAGGUUAAGUGUAAAAACCAAAAAUGUCGCUUAAAACAAGUUUACGUUUAUUUUCAGCGUUUCACCAAAAUACUGGAAGAGUAUGUCUCAAUUCCUCGAACAGUUGCCUGUUAUUAAAAAACCGCUUAGUUCCUAUUACCUGUCCAACAGAAUUCAAUAUUCGUUUUACUGGGACGACGACAAAAAACGAAACGCAAGUAUAUUAUGGGUUACUUACACCCCAAAUCAAAGCAGUUAAGAUAUUUUCCUUAAGUUCAAGUAUAGUCGGUAUAGCAGCACAACCAUUUUUAUAUACAGCAAUAUCAGCUACUGGAAAUGUACCUGUUAUCCUAGCAGCCUACUCUUUCAUUGGGUUUUUUACUGUAGUUACACCCCUACUACUUCAUUCAAUUACAAGAAAUUACAUCACACAUCUUACAUAUAAAAAGGACACAGAUACUUAUGUGGCAAGAACUGUUAGUUUUUUCUGCCAGCAAGUUCAGGUAAACAAUUAAAAAGUAUUUUAUUAUACUGUCUAAGUAUGCUAGAAGCUAGAACUUAGGAAUCACCUCUUAGUGGAUCAUAACAAAGUAAAGCAACAUCAGUUUAGACAAUAGACAUGGCAUGAGUCAUUACUUUUGGUUUCUAUGCCUGUCUAUUCAAGAUAUUGGAUGUUUUCACUAAUAUGGCUUAGAGUAUAUUCAAGUUGCAUUUACCUCCCAUCAGAACAAAUGCCAUUGUAUGAUGUUUGAAUUUGAGCAGUCUUACUGUCCAGUAGGCCCUGUAUGCCUUGACAAGCAGCAACAUAUGAAUAGAAGCAGCACUUGGGGCUCAUGUUUGUUAUGGUGCUGAUUAAAUGAGGUUUGAACAGAGGCAUAAAAUAAAGACUUUUUUGUCAUUAUGGGGGGAAG